UGGAGAAAGAGAAAGACAGACAAGAGGGAGGGAGGGAGAGAAAGAGAAAGAGAGAGAGGGGAUAACGGGCUCUGUGGGUGUGGGAGGAGAGGACAUGAAUCAGAUUCAUAUGGACUCCAGUUUACAGAUUCAAAGCUUUAGUUUUUUGUAAGGUGUGGGUGAUGCUGAUGUAGAUGAGUGAAUGAUUCUCCUCACAGGGAUCCAUUAGAAACCACAGGUGCCAGUUGAGAUAAAGUGUGCACAUACACCCCCUAUAACCACAUCUCACACGCGCACACACACUCAGAGAGCUAUGGCGAGUGUGUGUCCGUACGGGCGGUUCACCCACGCUGUGGUACGUGGUAUCCCUCAGUCCCCUAGUGUGGGUGGGGUGGAGGUGGAGGUGGCAAAGUUGCAGCGUCAGUACGGAGUGUUCGUGGGGACUCUGAGGCAGAAGGUGGGACUGCAGGUGCUGGAGAUCCCUGCCGACACACACACUAACACACACCUUCCUGAGAGCUGGAGAAUAGAGGACAUGGCCAUCAUACAGGGCGACAUGGCGCUUCUCACACAGCCGCUCAACCAGGAGAGACGCCAGGAGACGGAGGCAGUGAGGCGUGUUCUCACUGAGCUGAACCUGACCAUCGUGGAGAUGGAGGAUGAUGGAGCCACACUGGAGGGCAGUGAUGUGCUGUUCACCGGGAGAGAGUUCUUUGUUGGCCUAUCCAAACACACCAACCAGCGUGGAGCUGAGAUCCUCGCCAACACCUUCCAGGACUUUGCCGUGUCCACAGUGCCUGUAUCUGCUGGUACUCGUCUGAAGAACAUCUGCUCAAUGGGGGGUCCUGAGACCAUCAUCUUCAGUAAUAGUGAGGGAGCGAGGCGAACACUGAGGGUGAUGGAGCAGCUGACUGAUCAUCACUAUGACGUGUUUUCCGUGCCGGAGGACGCUGCUGCUAACUGUGUGUACGUGCGCGGUGCAGGUGAAGUGGAUUAUCUGCUCCACCCCACGCAGAACGAGUGUCCCGACAGUGUCUCUGCCUUCCAGAAGUUUGCAGGCUACACCCUGCUCCCUACAGCGUGCAGUGAGGCCUCCAAACUCGGGGGGGCGCUCUCCUCAUUCUGCCUGCUCAUCAACAGGAAACUCCCUUACUAACACAACACACACUCCACAUCUCUCUACGCUUACAGCAUCAGCGUUCAUCUGCUACUCCAACGUGCAUCUGCAAGCACACACACACACACACGCACACAAACACACACACACACACAGAGAGAAAACAUGCAUUGACUCCUUACACCAUUUUUAUAUAUCAACUAUCACGCCUCCAUGUUACAGUGUGUACAUUAACAAAUAAAAAUAAAUCAUUUCA